AUGCAGAUCCGGAGCAGUACCGAGCUGAAUGCCUCCUACGUGUCUGGCACUCCGUAUGGAACCAACCUCGGAGGAUGGCUCUGCCUUGAAGACUGGUUCUUCUCUGGCUUUGCUGGGCGCUUUGUGUCCACCAGCGACAGCAUAGGCCAGGGCGCUUGUCUGCCGCCGCUGCUCCAGGGUGGUGAGAAGCCUUGGCCAUCCGAGGGCGUCCUCACGCAUAGGCUUGCCAAAAAAUAUGGCAAGAAGUUUGCGGCGCAGGUGUUCAUGGCGCACAGGAAUGAUUUCAUCAACCCCAGUGACCUGCAGGCCAUGAAAGAAAUUGGCAUCAAGGUGGUGAGAAUCCCUGUCAUGUGGACUCUCUUUGCAGAUGCCCUCGCAGUCAUCGACAAGGAGGCUUACGGUUCGCACGAUCCAGACAAGGACACGGUGAUUGUGCCCGAUCCGUACUACACCGAGAACAUCUCCUACGCGACCAUCCCGCGAAAUCUUCUGGAGUGGCUCUUCAUCCAGGGACAUGAGCUGGGUCUGAGGUUCCUGCUGGACAUUCAUGCCUUCCCGGGUGGAUCCUCCGACGGCACCUACAACGGCAUCUAUCCCGAGAGGCCCGUCUUCUGGACUGAGGAUGUCCAGUUGGGCAAAAAACCUCGCAGCUCCCUGCAGUAUGCAGGGCUGCUUAUCGUCGACGCCGCCAUCGCCUGGAUCGAAGGCCUUUCCGGAGCGGCCAAGAAGGCGGUUUAUGGGCUUUCGCCCAUGAAUGAGCCCGCACAUCUGGCCGGCUUUCAGAAUCCUACCUUCGCAGAUCACAAAGUGGUGCUGUCCUGGUUGGAAACGGCCACGAAGAAGUUCAGUCGCUCUAAGCUCGUGAAGCAGGAUGUGAAGAUGUACAUGCAGGUGAUCGAGACGGCCUUUCCGGGCGACACAUUCAAUGAAGAGGUUCCUUCAUGGUGGAAGGAGGUCACCAGCGUGAAGGAUCGCAAUACCUGGGCUGUGUUUGACAUGCACUGGUACACCGCCUGGGGCACGAAGGCCGGCCUCCUCCCUGGUGAUGCCGCGGUUCUCUGCAGCCAGGGGAUUGACAAAAUCCUGGAGGUCCUGAGUCCGGGAAUCGAAGGAUUUGCCGAGAGCUUCAAGGAAAAUUUUGAUGGCCAGCGAGCUACCUCGGAGUUCUCAGCAAGCACGAAUGCAGAUGCUCUUGUGGCCUGCGCCGACGUGGCGAUUACCAAGGCUUUCAUGGAGAAGCAGGUCGAAGUUAUGAAGAAGCAUGGAAUCAAUCCUUACUUCUGGUCUCUUAAGAUGCCUUACGGCCCCACCUUCGAGUCGCAAUGGAGCUUGAAGAAGAUCUAUGGGCUGCAAGAGACGCCGCGCUACCCGUGCGCUGUGGGAGCAGGCGUCAAGUUUCCAGCCGGAGACGUGCCUUGCUUCGCAGGCGAUUGUUGA